AUGAUUUUAAGAAAUUCUCAUUAUUCAUUCUUUUUCUUUUUUUUUUUAAUAUGCCACCAAUCCGUGAUUACAAGUCCGCUUCACCUAUUUCGCAACAUCAAAAUCCAUCAUCCUCAGGUGAAGAUGACAUCGAAAACUUGUCUCCUAAGAGUGACAAAUCAUUAUCAAUGGUCGAUAAAAAACGUGGCAAAAGAUCUCCUAGUAUAAACACAAGAGCUUCAAGAGUAGGUGUAACAAAUUUUAUAAACGUCAUAAAAAGCCUGCAUCCUGGCGAAUCAAUAAAUUAUUUUCCUAUAACCAAAGAAACUUUACAAGAAUAUAUUGAUUCAAAAAGGAAAGCUCUUAUAAAAGCCGGUUCACUUGAACAAUAUUUACAACAUAUACAAGCUUAUAAUAUUGCUCUUGGCUUUGGUUGGGAUGGGCACGUAUUCGGUCCCAUAAUUAAAAAAGCCUUGGAUGAAUUAAGAAUUUAUGAAGACGAAACCUCUUUAAAAACUGGAAACAUUCUGGUGGUUUCUUCGGGUCAACAACAACAACCCACUUUAGUAAAUUCUGUAAUUUCUCAACAAUUACAACAAACACAACCAUUUUCAAGUUUAGAUAAUAAUUUUCUUACUAGUUCUAAUAAUGAUCUUAGCAUGAAUUUAAUUACCAUCGAUGAAGAUGAGGAUACUAAUAAACUCAGUUAUGAUGAUCCUAUCGACGAAGAUAUUUCACCACUUAACGAAAAUUCAAAAUCAAUAUCGAUAGUUUGCUUCAAUGCAACGGUUAUUCCCUUCGUAAUUCUAGAACAAACUGCAAAAGUUUCCCUAGAUAACCUAACCUCUCCUGAUCCAAUACAAAAUCUUCGUCAAUUAUACUCCAAUGUCUCCUCUUUAAACAUCCCAAAGUCUUGGGGUAAUGUAGACACUUCAAAACUUCAUUAUAGAAUUGGAACAAGUGAAGAAUCCUUUCAUUAUGGUUUAAUAGAUGUAUCCGCUUUCAAUCGAUUUUGGUCAAGUUUCAAUGAACCUGAAGUCGGAAGAGAUGUUCAGUUAAUUGUUUAUCGUGAAAGCAUUUCUCUUUUAACAUCAGGCCAAAGACGUUUUAAUGCUAGCCCUGAACCCAUGUAUCCAACAAGUCAACCACAAUCUCCCAAUCGUAGGUCUCUUGACUCUCCAGCAUUAAAAUCGGUAACAGUUCGUUCGAAAACUAAAGUGUACAAACAAAAGAUAGCCGUAGCCGAUACCACUACAUUCGCUACUCUAAUUUCUUUUGCAAUUAAAGUUCAACCUCCGACUGGAAAACAAUUUGUAAUUAGAGCAGCGGAUGGAGCGUUAGAAUAUAUGCCAGAUGACUUAGUUCGAGAAGUCAUUACUGGCGUUGAACAUACAGAAAUUAUUGUUUGCAUAGAAGACGUUGGGCCUCCCGUAAAUUUUGAUUAUUUUUGAUAUUCCCUUUUAAAAAAAAACACUUCAAUAUUAACUUUAAUAUAAUUUUUAUAAGCCAAACACUCAAUUAAUUAUAAUUACUAUUAAAUUUUUGUAUAAUAGCUUUUUUUAUUUACAUAAUUAUAGACAAUAUCAUUGACGAUUAGUCUCUCUUUAAAUACCCAGCCCAAAUACACAAUACCAAAUUUGUAUGUACAUAAUAUAUAAACCUUUACACCCAAAAUUCCUUUCUUUGUACUAUUUUUUUUUCAAAUCAAUACCCAAUAAAUACCCAAUAAACCCACCAAUAAAUCUAUUUUUUCAUUCUUUAU